UGCAGCUUAUCACAUUCACAUACUUACACACACGUCAACUAACAUGAAAUUUUGUUCAAACUUCAAAACCAGCUCUAACGUGCAAAAGACUCUAACUUAUUAAAUUGCAUGUUUCUACAAUUUUCUUCUUUCUAUUUUGAUCCCCCUCAAGUCUAUAUAUAUUUGUAAACAUAUUCAUUGUUCAACUAUCCUUAUCCUCUCUACUCACCACUCUAGCUAGCUAGCUAGCUAUUAUAUAACAAACAAUUCUAUAUUUGAUAUUAAGACCAAAUUCAUAUACAACAAUUUUUGCUAAGCAAUUAAGAUAUGGCUUCUACUGGUGAUCCUGAGUACAAAUCAUCUUCAACUCCGGUUCCGGUGGCCGGUGCUGAUUACUCUAAGUUUGAUUUGCUCCUAAGGUUUCUAUUGUUUGCAUCAUCAUUGGUUGCAGUUGUGGUGAUGGUUACUGGUAAUCAAACAGAAUAUCUCCCUGUGCCCCGCCCCGCCAAGUUCAGAUACUCACCAGCCUUUGUAUAUUUUGUCGCGGCAUUCUCAGUUUCUGGGCUUUAUAGUAUCCUCACAAUUCUUGCAUCACUCUCUGCCAUCAGAAAGACAAACCUCAAAACCAAACUUCUCCUCCACUUGAUCUUCUGGGAUGCGGUGAUAUUGGGGAUAUUGGCCUCAGCAACAGGCACAGCUGGGAGUAUGGCAUAUUUGGGUUUGAAAGGAAACAACCAUACUGGUUGGAAUAAAAUUUGCAACAUCUAUGACAAGUUCUGUAGGCAUGUUGGUGCAUCUAUAGCAGUGGGACUAUUUGGUAGCAUUGUUGUUCUUUUGCUCAUUUGGAUUUCAGCUCACAGUAUUCAUAGUCGAGUCCCUAAGUAGAUUCAAAGAAUGUUGUGUGGAUCAUUCUUCAUACACAUAUUUGCAUUUAUCUUCAUAGUUGAAUUGUUUGUGAAGUUAUUAGUUAGUGUGUUGGGUAAUUUAUUGAUGUGUAAUUGACUUCUAUGUUUGUGAAUGUUGCUUUGAUGGUGUUUAGUUGAUAAUUGUUUUUGUAAAUGUGUGUUUUUCUACCAAGGAGUACAGUUGUAUUUUAAAUUCUAUUAAUUAAUGUUAUUAAUUUUGGU